AGGAGAGAGAAAGAGGGAGGGAGGGAGGGAGAGAGAGAGAAGCGGACGAUGUCUCGCACUAGCUAAUAAUCUGCCAGGACAAUACGAAAUACCAGAAAAAACAAUGACCAGGCAGUUCCUUUUUUGGCCCAUAAUAAACUUCACGUUCCUCUCUUUCCCUUUUCUUUUGGUUUUCCAUGUCUUGAUGAACAUCGUUGCGGCAUCCUGAGAAGUUCUUGAUCUUCAUCGGUUGGUAAGACGCCGAUCACCCUCCUAUUGAUCGGCGUCGAAUUUCCGGCAUGGAAAGCAUAAGAACUCCUUUUAGGGGGAUUAUACAGGACCUUAAAGGAAGGCAAGCAUGUUACAAGCAAGACUGGGCUAGUGGAGUUUGCUGUGGAGCCAGGAUCUUGGCUCCAACUACCUAUGUCUUCUUUGCAUCGGCUCUUCCCGUUAUUGCAUUCGGUGAACAACUUAGCAGAGAGACCGAUGGAAGUCUGAGCACCGUGGAGACUCUGGCUUCGACGGCCAUAUGUGGCGUCAUACACUCAAUUUUGGGAGGCCAGCCACUGCUGAUUUUAGGAGUGGCGGAGCCUACCGUUAUAAUGUACACUUACUUGUACAGUUUCGCUAAGGGUAGGCCUGAUCUUGGGAAAGAGCUAUACUUGGCCUGGGCAGGAUGGGUAUGUACCUGGACCGCUCUACUCCUUUUUCUUCUCGCGAUUUUCAACACUUGCAAGAUCAUUACAAAAUUCACGAGGAUCGCCGGGGAGCUGUUCGGUAUGUUGAUUGCCGUUCUGUUCGUUCAAGAGGCCGUGAAGGGGGUAAUUAGUGAAUUCCACGUUCCUCAUGCCGAAGACUCCUCUGCAGAGGUAUACCAAUUCCAAUGGCGGUACGUGAACGGGCUCCUUGGGAUAAUAUUCUCAUUUGGCGUAGUUUAUACUGCUUUAAAAAGCAGAAGGGCAAGGAGCUGGCCCUAUGGCACAGGGUGGUUCCGAAGCUUCAUUGCGGAUUAUGGGGUUCCGUUAAUGGUGUUGAUUUGGUCGGCAUUGGCCUUCAGCGUGCCGAAGUCAGUUCCGUCCGGAGUCCCCAGGAGGUUAUACAGUCCACUACCAUGGGAGCCAGCAUCUUUGCACCAUUGGUCAAUUAUCAAGGAUAUGGGCAAGGUCCCUCCGGCCUACAUUUUCGCUGCUUUCAUACCAGCUGUGAUGGUUGCCGGUCUAUAUUUCUUCGACCACAGCGUUGCUUCACAAAUGGCUCAGCAGAAGGAGUUCAACCUCAAGAAUCCAUCUGCUUACCAUUACGACAUACUUAUUCUCGGGCUUAUGACUUUGCUCUGUGGAUUGAUAGGACUUCCACCAUCCAAUGGCGUCCUCCCGCAGUCACCUAUGCAUACUAAGAGCCUGGCAGUUCUCAAAAGACAGUUGAUCAGAAAGAAGAUGGUAGAGAGUGCCAAGGAAUGCAUGAAACAGAAGGCUAGCAUAUCCGAAAUAUACGGAAAGAUGCAGCAGGUGUUCGUGGAAAUGGACUCUACUCCUGAUCCAUCUGUCGCUAAAGAGUUAAAGAAAUUGAAGGAUGCCGUUAUGGGAAGUGAAGACAGAGACCAUGUGGAUGGCGAAUUUGCGAAGCACAUUGAUGCGCAUUUGCCCGUCCGGGUCAACGAGCAAAGAGUUAGCAACCUGUUGCAAUCGCUUCUUGUGGGCGCCUCGCUAUUAGCCAUGCCCGUGAUCAAGAAGAUACCCACGUCGGUUCUCUGGGGUUAUUUCGCGUACAUGGCGAUCGACAGCCUUCCCGGAAACCAGUUCUGGGAGAGAAUAUUGCUCCUUUUCGUCACCCCACGACGGCGAUACAAGAUAUUGGAAGGAGCGCACGCUUCAUUCGUUGAGUCUGUGCCUUUCAAGUGGAUGGCUGCUUUCACGCUUUUCCAGUUCGUGUAUCUUCUAGUAUGUUUUGGAAUCACUUGGAUACCCGUGGCAGGAAUAUUGUUCCCGUUGCCAUUCUUUCUGCUAAUAAGCAUAAGGGAGCACAUACUUCCCAAGUUCUUCCACCCGCUUUACCUUCACGAGUUGGACGCAGCCGGCUACGAAGAAAUCCCUGGUAAUCCCCACGGCAGACAUGGGGUCGCACUCACGCAGCAGGGCGUAGAUAAAGAGUAUUCCAUAGAAGAAAAUGACGAAAUGGAGAUAUCCGAUUCGGAAGUAUUGGAUGAGAUUACCACUAGCAGAGGAGAAUUGAAGCUUAGAUCAAUAAGCUUCGACGAAAAAUUCGUUCAGAUUUUCCCAGAGGAUGAGGAACAACCAAGAGAUUCUUAACUGGAAUAGUUGGUUCUUUCUUCUUUCAAUUCUUGUGAACUAAAGGCACAAAAAGAGUAUCUUCUUCACGUCCCUCUCCCUGACGUCGGAUGGGGGAAGUAGCAGCACGCUCUUAGAUGACAUUCUUUCGCCAGCUUUUCAGAGGCUCCUAAAUGUGCCAGAAAAUGUAUCUUGUAGAUAGAAAUUGAAUUCUUUUAUCAUGAUAUGUACACUAUUUCAUCCAUCAAUAAUCUCUCUCUCUCUCUCUC